AUGUUAACCCACCUUUCCGUAUUGCUGGGCGCCGUCUCGGCCGUCUCAUCACGAUCGGUCCCGGAGAAGCGAUUGGACAAUGGCGUCGGACGCACGCCAGCACUUGGCUGGAACUCCUGGAACCAAGGCGGAUGCAACGCCGCCACGGCCGCCGUGGUCCUCAACACGGCGCAAGCCUUCAUCGACCUGGGCCUCAAGGAGCUCGGCUACACGUACGUCAACAUCGACGACUGCUGGUCGCUCAAGCAGCGCAACAGCAGCGGCCACCUGGUGGCCGACCCGGCCAAGUUCCCGCAGGGCAUCGACGGGCUCGCCCGCGCCGUGCACGCCAAGGGCCUCAAGCUCGGCCUGUACGGCGACGCCGGCACCCUGACCUGCGCCCUGUACCCGGGCUCGUACGGGUCCGAGCAGAAGGAUGCCGACACCAUCGCCGCCUGGGGCGUGGAUUACUGGAAGUUUGACAACUGCCUGACCGAGCAGGUGUAUACCAACAAGGGCAUCAAGAGUCCCGAGUACUACCCCGUCAUGCGCGAUGCGCUGCUGAAGACGGGCAAGCCGAUCCUGUUUUCGAUUUGCCAGUGGGGGAGGGACGAGGUUUGGACUUGGGGCGGCAAGGUUGGGAAUUCGUGGCGCAUGUCGGAGGAUAUCACGAAUGAUUGGGCGUCGGUGUCGAGUAUCGCGGCCAGGGCGGCUACGAUGCAUGAGUAUGCCGCGCCGGGCGAGUUUAACGACUUGGAUAUGAUGGAACUCGGCAACGGAGUCCUCACCGAGGCCGAGGAGCGAGCCCAUUUUGGUCUGUGGGCCAUCAUGAAGUCACCCAUCAUCAUGGGUACAGACAUGACCAAGCUGAAGGAAUCGACGCUGAAGGUUAUCAAGAACAAGACCCAGGGCAUACUGGCCAUUAACCAAGACCCCCUGGGCAAGGCAGCCACCACCUUCACACCCAAGGACCAGGCCGGGCCGGUCAGCGGCAAGCUGUACAAGUACUUUGCGGGGCCGCUCUCGGACGGCGUGGUUGUUGGUCUGGUUGCCGCUGACGGGGUGGCGACGCUGUCGGUCAACUUUACUGACGUGCCGGGUCUGGGCGAGGGCAGCUUCGAGUGGACCGAGCUGUACAGCGGAAAGACGGGGACGGGGACAUCGGUGUCGCAGCGGCUGGGCGCCCAUGACAUGGCCGUGUUUAAGGUGGUGACCAAGAAGUAG